UUAUUACCAUGAAAACUGAACUUGGAAAGGGGUGUACAACCCUGACUUUCCACAGUGGCGUCUCUCGCUUCUCCUGGCUCCCUCAAAUUCACAUCUGUAGGGCCUUCUCUGCUUCAUCUAGACUCACCUUCCCCUGGGGCUCUACUUACGAAAGGCCACUGACACUACCUGAAAGGGUUGUUGAGUGAAGAUUGCAGACACCAUGUCUGACUCAGUGAUUCUUCGCAGUGUGAAGAAAUUUGGAGAGGAGAAUCAUGCUUUCGAAUCAGAUGGUUUCCAUAACAAUGAUAAGAAAUCAAGGUUACAAGAUAAGAAGAAAGGGGAAGGCGCUCGAGUUGGCUUCUUUGAACUGUUUCGAUUUUCUUCAUCAAAAGACAACUGGCUGAUGUUUAUGGGAAGUGUGUGCGCAUUGCUCCAUGGAAUGGCCCAGCCAGGCAUGAUUAUUGUGUUUGGUAUACUGACAGAUAUUUUUGUUGAAUAUGACAUUGAAAGACAAGAACUCAGUAUUCCAGAAAAAGUGUGUAUGAAUAACACCAUUGUAUGGAUCAACAGCUCCUUCAACCAGAACAUGACAAACGGAACAAGCUGUGGGUUGGUGGACAUUAACAGCGAAGUCAUCAAAUUUUCUGGCAUCUACGCAGGAGUUGGUGUGGCUGUCCUUAUCCUAGGAUACUUUCAAAUAAGGUUGUGGGUAAUCACUGGGGCUCGUCAGAUAAGGAAAAUGAGGAAAUUUUACUUUCGGAGAAUAAUGAGAAUGGAAAUCGGAUGGUUUGACUGCACUUCUGUGGGAGAGCUCAAUUCAAGAUUCUCUGAUGAUAUUAAUAAAAUUGAUGAAGCCAUUGCCGACCAGAUGGCCCUUUUCCUUCAGCGCCUGUCGACAGCUUUGUCUGGGCUCCUUUUAGGGUUCUACAGGGGUUGGAAAUUAACCUUGGUGAUUCUCGCUGUCAGUCCUCUCAUUGGGAUUGGGGCAGCCGUCAUAGGUCUGAGUGUGGCCAAGUUCACGGAGCUUGAGUUGAAGGCUUAUGCUAAAGCUGGGUCUAUUGCCGAUGAAGUCCUCUCAUCUAUUCGAACAGUGGCUGCUUUUGGUGGUGAGAAUAAGGAGGUGGAAAGGUAUGAGAAAAAUCUUAUGUUUGCUCAGCGCUGGGGAAUUUGGAAAGGAAUGGUGAUGGGCUUCUUCACUGGGUACAUGUGGUGUCUCAUUUUCUUCUGUUAUGCACUGGCCUUCUGGUACGGCUCCAGACUUGUCCUGGAUGAAGGCGAGUACACACCAGGGACACUGAUCCAGAUUUUCCUCUGUGUCAUAAUAGCAGCUAUGAAUAUUGGCAAUGCAUCUUCUUGUUUGGAAAUCUUCUCCACUGGGUGUUCAGCAGCUUCCAGUAUUUUCCAAACAAUAGACAGGCAACCCGUCAUGGACUGCAUGUCAGGAGAUGGUUACAAGCUAGAUCGAAUCAAGGGCGAAAUUGAGUUCCACAAUGUGACCUUCCAUUAUCCUUCUCGACCAGAGGUGAAGAUUUUAAAUAACCUCAGCAUGGUCAUUAAGCCAGGGGAAACGACGGCGUUCGUGGGAUCCAGUGGGGCAGGGAAGAGCACAGCACUACAGCUCAUUCAGAGAUUCUAUGACCCCUGCGAAGGCAUGGUGACUCUGGAUGGCCAUGACAUUCGUUCUCUUAACAUCCGGUGGCUGAGAGAUCAAAUUGGGAUCGUGGAACAGGAGCCAGUUCUGUUCUCCACCACUAUCGCAGAAAACAUCCGCCUUGGUAGAGAAGAGGCGACAAUGGAAGACAUAGUCCAAGCUGCCAAGGAUGCUAAUGCAUACAACUUCAUUAUGGCCCUGCCACAGCAAUUUGACACCCUAGUUGGAGAAGGAGGAGGCCAGAUGAGUGGUGGGCAGAAGCAAAGGGUAGCCAUCGCCCGCGCCCUCAUACGGAAACCCAAGAUCCUGCUUCUGGACAUGGCUACCUCAGCACUGGACAAUGAGAGUGAGGCCAAAGUACAGGGAGCACUGAAUAAGAUCCAACAUGGACACACAAUCAUCUCAGUUGCCCAUCGCCUAUCAACAGUCAGAUCUGCAGAUGUGAUCAUUGGCUUUGAGCAUGGAACAGCUGUGGAAAGAGGCACCCAUGAAGAACUGUUAGAAAGAAAAGGUGUCUACUUCAUGCUUGUGACCCUGCAAAGCCAAGAAGAUAAUACUCACAAAGAAACAGGCAUAAAGGGAAAAGAUACAACCGAAGGGGACACACCUGAGAGGACCUUUUCCAGAGGCAGCUAUCAGGACAGUUUAAGAGCUUCCAUCCGUCAACGAUCUAAGUCUCAGCUGUCUCAUCUGUCACAUGAACCUCCACUGGCUAUAGGUGAUCACAAGUCCUCUUACGAAGACAGAAAGGACAAUGAUGUGCUUGUGGAAGAAGUUGAACCUGCCCCAGUUAGGAGGAUUCUAAAAUACAACAUCUCAGAAUGGCCCUACAUACUGGUAGGGGCUUUGUGUGCAGCCAUUAAUGGGGCAGUCACACCCAUCUACUCCCUUUUAUUCAGCCAGAUCCUUAAGACUUUUUCACUCGUUGAUAAAGAACAACAAAGGUCAGAGAUUUACAGCAUGUGCCUGUUUUUUGUCAUCCUGGGCUGUGUAUCACUUUUCACACAAUUUCUGCAGGGUUACAAUUUUGCCAAAUCUGGAGAGCUCCUCACAAAAAGGCUGCGUAAAUUUGGUUUCAAGGCAAUGUUAAGACAAGAUAUUGGCUGGUUCGAUGACCUCAAAAAUAAUCCUGGAGUACUAACAACUAGGCUUGCUACAGAUGCUUCCCAAGUUCAAGGGGCUACUGGCUCUCAAGUUGGGAUGAUGGUCAAUUCCUUCACUAACAUCUUUGUGGCCGUGCUCAUCGCCUUCCUCUUUAACUGGAAGCUCAGUCUGGUUAUAUCAGUCUUCUUCCCCUUUUUGGCUUUAUCGGGAGCUGUACAGACAAAAAUGCUGACAGGAUUCGCUUCUCAAGACAAGGAAAUUCUGGAGAAGGCUGGCCAGAUCACCAACGAAGCCCUUAGCAAUAUCCGCACCGUGGCUGGAAUUGGAGUGGAGGGAAGAUUUAUUAAAGCAUUUGAGGUUGAGCUGGAGAAGUCAUACAAGACUGCCAUUAGAAAGGCAAAUGUCUAUGGCCUCUGCUAUGCCUUUUCCCAGGGGAUAUCAUUUCUUGCCAAUUCUGCAGCCUAUAGAUAUGGAGGUUACUUAAUAGUCUACGAAGAUCUGAACUUCAGCUAUGUUUUCAGGGUGGUCUCUUCCAUUGCAAUGAGCGCAACGGCUGUUGGAAGAACAUUCUCUUACACACCGAGCUAUGCCAAAGCUAAAAUAUCAGCUGCACGCUUUUUUCAACUGCUAGACAGAAAACCUCCAAUUGAUGUGUACAGUGGAGCAGGUGAAAAAUGGGACAACUUCCAAGGGAAGAUUGAUUUUAUCGACUGUAAAUUUACAUAUCCUUCUCGACCUGAUAUACAAGUUCUGAAUGGACUGUCGGUAUCUGUGGAUCCUGGGCAGACGCUGGCAUUCGUUGGGAGCAGUGGGUGUGGUAAAAGCACCAGCAUCCAGCUGUUGGAACGGUUCUACGAUCCCGAUCAGGGAACGGUGAUGAUAGAUGGUCACGACAGCAAAAAAGUCAAUGUUCAGUUCCUCCGUUCAAACAUUGGGAUUGUCUCCCAGGAGCCCGUGUUAUUUGACUGUAGCAUAAUGGACAACAUCAAGUAUGGGGACAACACCAAAGAGAUCUCCGUGGAGAGAGCUAUAGCUGCCGCAAAGCAGGCUCAGCUGCAUGACUUCGUCAUGUCACUCCCAGAGAAAUAUGAAACUAAUGUUGGGAUCCAGGGCUCUCAACUCUCUCGCGGGGAGAAACAACGCAUUGCUAUUGCUCGGGCCAUUGUACGAGAUCCUAAAAUCUUGCUACUGGAUGAAGCUACAUCUGCCUUAGACACAGAAAGUGAAAAGACAGUGCAGCUUGCUCUGGACAAAGCCAGAGAGGGUCGGACCUGUAUUGUCAUUGCUCAUCGCUUGUCUACUAUCCAGAACUCAGAUAUCAUCGCCGUCAUGUCACAAGGAGUGGUGAUUGAAAAGGGGACCCAUAAGAAACUGAUGGACCAGAAGGGGGCCUACUACAAGCUGGUCAUCACUGGAGCCCCCAUCAGUUGACCCUGACUGGAGACCUUUACAUACAGAUAAUGAUGUGCCAAGCACAGGAGGGCUGCGGGUUGUCAUAGCUCUACAGAGAAUUAUUAAUGCUUUACAGACAGAAGUAUCCACUGGCAUCCAAACUAAUCUUGAGUGGCUUUCAGUAAUAAUUUCAGUUUGAAAUGUCUAUGUAGGAAGGAGAGAACCCAGAGUCACUGUGAGUUCAAGUCCAAGGGCAAGCAGCUGCUUAUCUAUCACUCAGUGCUGCUCUCGGUAGGAGCUGGUCCCUGUCUCCAUCAAGGACUUGGUGACAGAGAGCAUGGAGUCCUCCUUAGGGCAGAGGGUUGUCUUUUGCAUUUGGGAAAGCUCCUUGUACAGAGUCUGCUCUGUAAUCUGGACUCAACUGUUUGAGCCAGCUCAAGGUCAAGAGCUAAGAACUUAAGGCUACUGGUAGUUUUUAAUUUAAAAAGUUUGCUUGUUUUCUAUAGGGAAGCAAAUGUCUUUACCUCUGACACCCGUGAGUAGGGAGAGGAACACGUUUCCAUUCUGGAAUCUCCCAGGCUCAGGGAGGCCAAAGGUGAGCUAAGGAGAAGUAGAGGUUGACAGUCAGGGGUACUGAUUUGCUCAGGGUGCUAUUGUCACGAUACACUACAGUGGAUCUGCCAGUGUGGAGCAGGGACUCUUUACCAGGGCUUCUACUUUUCAUUCCCUGCCACCAUGUCACCUGAUGUCCCUUACUCCUAGGAAAUCUAUGCAAGCAAUGGAAAUGCAUCGGAAUCUUAAGUUGUUACAUUAAAAUCUAGUAAAACAUAGUAGAAAAACA